AUGCUGCGGCUCGGCGGCGCGCUGCGGCGGGACCCGCGCGCGCACGGUGCGCCGCUCGGGCGCGCGCUCCGCGCGGGGCUCUCGUCGCGGCCCGAGGCGCCUGUGCCGCUGGUGGUUGCCCUCGACAUGGACGAGUGCCUGAUACACUGCACCGGCUUUUCGCAGCCAUCUGGGGUGCCCGCAAGAGUAGGAGGAGGGGGUCACACCGCCGAGGGCGAUGGCAUCGAGAAGCUGCACCUGCGACUUGCCAGCGGCGUCACCUGCUCCGUUCUCAAGCGGCAGGGGCUGGACGCGUUCCUCUCGCAGUGCUGCGACAUGUUCGAGACCUACGUCUUCACCGCUGGGGUCGAGGAGUACGCCAGUGCCGUGCUCGACGCCAUCGACACCGAGCGGAAGCUGGCUGGCCGCCUGUACCGGCAGCACUGCAGGGCCGUUAAGACGCCUGUCGGCGACCAGUUCCUAAAGGACCUGUCGGCGGUGGCCGGGCGCUGCCAGCGGAAGGACGUCGAGCGCAUAGUAUUGGUAGACAACAAUCCCCUGUCCUUCGUGCUCCAGCAACGGCAUCCCGGUGCCUGA